AUGGCCUGUGAAACGGGUCAUGUCAUAUGCAUGUUUGAAAGCUCCGAACCUACUCAUUCUGUUCAAGAGUACUUGGGUUCGAUGCUCUUGUCAUUCUGUAAACAACACUCUCCACUUAAGUUAACUCACAGCCCCACAUCUUCUGAAGCUGUAUCAAAGCAUUGCCAUGUCUUGGAUCUCAUGUACCAUUUGGUCGUCUCUGAUGCCGUAAACUCUGAAGCACCGAUACCUGAUCCAAGCGAAGGUAAUCCUGCGGUCCAGGAAAGCCCAAAUUAUGAAGCCAUAGCAAUUUCCUUUAAGAAAGUUAGAGGUGUAUUANCAUGGACAUUACGCUCUUUGAGGAAGCUGAAGCGCGUGAAUAUUCCUCUUGGGAAACCCUUUAAACGACAUCUAGAUCGAGUAAUAAAAGUGUCCUCUCAACUUGAUAUUCUUUCGUCAAAUGCAAAAUCUUCUGAAGAAGAAGAAGAAGAUGAAGCUACUAUGAUUAUCAACAUUCCUUGUGUGCGUGAACUUCAUUCAGUCGGGGUCUGUUUCAAACCUGUGGAAGGUGGUAACAUGGCCAUUGAAUUUGACGAAACUAAGGGCAUAUUUUACCUCCCUGUGGUGAAACUGGAUGUGAACUCUGAAGUGAUAAUGAGAAACCUCGUGGCUUACGAGGCCUUGACCCAACCAGACUUUCUCAUCUUCACNAGGUACACAGAACUGAUGAGGGGAAUCGUAGACAGUGUGAAGGAUGUGAAGCUGCUGAUGAAGGCAGGGAUCAUAGAGUCAGGUAGCACUCUCACUGUUGAAGAAACUGAUGAACUAUUCAACGGAAUGAGCAAAUCCAUUGGACCCACCAAAACACACAAGCUAGAUGAGACUAUCAAUAAAGUGAACAAGUACUACAAUGAUAAGAGGAAGGCCAACUUCUUCAAGGCCACAACGGAUUAUGUGUACAGAUCAUGGAAGUUCUUCACACUUCUUGCCACCUUUCUUCUCUUGGCCAUGACGGCUAUUGAAACGGUUUGCACCGCCUAUGAUUGUAAAGCAUAUUUUAAAACCAAAUGAGGUUUUCAUAUCUCUUGUACUUUUGCUAGAAUGGUUCGGAGUGUAUAAUGUUUCUGUAAAAUUAAGUACAGCUUAAGUUAUACCUUCAUUCGAUGGAUGUUGUAUUGAUUAGUUAUAGCAAAGAAAGUGACACCACUCAAAUGGAAAAUUAUAUUUGUGAGCAUUAUAAGGUCGUGUUAUGCACAUUCGAAAACUUUAAAAAAUUUGUAAUGAUCGAGGAAGUUUGUGAAACAACUUGGUGUAAGGAUUAUCACGAUGAAAACAGGGGUGGGGAGAGAGUUAAUAAUAGUAACUGCAGAAAUAGCAGCUUCGAUCACCCCAAAAAUGUAAGGGCAUAGAGAGCUAAUCCAACAUUAUUUAUGUGUCUGUGUCGGGAGUAUGAUGAU